CAAUAUUUUUAUUUUCUGCAACGAAUUUCAAACUUACAACAUUUUAUCAAUCCACAUAUUCGUUUUCAUGUUCAUUCUCCAUCGUAUAAGAAAGAUAUGAACGUUUCUUGUAUACAAACUCAACAAGUUUAUUAUAACAAUCAUGGAGACAUCUAAGCAAUCUAUUUCCACCAACAAUAAUCUUCCCGUUUUCGAUCUGGCUCGCUCUAUGUUGUUCCUCUCUGGCUUUUACUGUUGGGGCUGGGAGUUUCUAACCGCUCUCAUGCUAUUUAGCUAUUGAAUUGUUUACUACUCUUCGUUUUCGGUUAUAGAAUUUAUUUAGAGAUUAUUAGUUAGAGCAAAUUAGAUUCAAUCAGGUAAAAUGGUGCAAAGAUCUUCUCCGGCUCCGUUUCUGGUGAAGACAUAUCAGAUGGUGGAUGAUCCAACGACGAAUGAGAUGAUUUCGUGGAACGAAAAUGGUAACGGGUUUGUGGUUUGGAAAACUGCUGAUUUCGCUAGGGAUUUGUUACCUUAUUCAUUCAAACAUAACAAUUUCUCUAGCUUUGUUCGCCAGCUUAAUACUUAUGGGUUCCACAAAACACUUCCCGACAAAUGGGAGUUUGCCAACGACUACUUCAAACGUGGCCAGCAGAAGCUUCUCAACCAAAUCCGCCGCCGGAAAACAGUGACGUCAUCAAAACCCAAAACUUCCGGUGAUGGUGGUUCCACUUCCCCACCCUCCGGUGCUGGAAACGACCUGGGUUCCAGCUCAACCUCGUCACCUGACUCAAACAAUCCCGUCCCCGGCGACCGUCCGACGUCGGAAAAGCUUGAAAACUUGUUCAGCGAGAACGAGAAGUUAAAAAAUGAGAAGAAAGUUCUGACGACGGAGCUUGCGGAGGUGAAGAAGCAGUGCGGCGGUCUUGUGGCGUUUCUGACAGAGUGUGUGAAGGUUUCGCCGGAGCAGAUCAGUCGCAUCAUUGGUGGCGAUACGGUGGUUGGUGAGGCAACAGUGGUGGGCGGUGGUGAAGUUGAUGAUGACGAUAAUGAAGGAGACUGUUUUAGGUUGUUUGGGGUGUUGUUGAAAGAUGGGAAGAAGAAGAAGAAGAGGAGGUGUGUUGAAGAAAGUGAAAGUGAAGCGGCUUGUAUGAAAAAGAUGAAACUUCAGAGUGACGUAAGGGAUGAUGUCACAAUGUUUCGUGGACGAGUUGGAUAUAUUCGGUAAAGUAAACAAGGCGUUUGGUAAACGAAUAAACUAUAAAAGCAUAUUUUUAUGUAUUUAUAGGUGAACACUAAACAACAAUCAACUUUAAUUUGUAUAUGUUUAGAGAAAAUUGUAACAUAAAUGUUGUCAUGAUUUUCACUACUUAUCAAAAUUAAAAAUAGUAAGAUAACAAUGUCAUAUUUUGAUUUAA